AUGGAUGUCGUUGAUGGACAAAUUAUCGACACACUUUGUCGCCUUGACCCGAGCUUUUUUGAUGGCCUGCAAGAGAUUCCAAGCAGUAUAGCAGAGCUUGAUACAAAAACUUUUUAUCAAGCUAUUGUAAUGUUAGUAUGGUCAUGUAAACCGAGUACUAGGAAGGAAAUUCCAUCAAGAUUGCUCCCCCAAAAUAUGUCUGCGAAAUUCCGAUGUGUUACAACUGUUGUCGACGCAAGCAUUGGUGUGCGUGAUCCCAUAGAUUAUCAUAUGUUACUUUAUGGACGAAGCAAGGAGCUACGUAAUAUUCUUAUUGGUCUCAUGGAAAAAUUACCCAAGGAUUCUCCUGUGGUUACUUCUGCGGAAGGCAUGUCUUGUGAAAUAAUUCUUGUUUUACGUCAGAGUGCACAUCCAUUAGUAGACCUAAUACGAUCAGCUAAUCGUGAAGAGAGAGAUAAAGAAGGAUGUCUUAAAUGGCAUAGUUCAGCUCAGAAAGAAACAUGGGCUUUAUCGACAAGGGUCGACUUCAUAGGUUUCUGUGGCGAUGUUAUGGCAGCUUUACAUUAUGAUAAUUGGCAACACCGUAACAGUGCAUUUAUUUGUUCCUUGUUGGAAAACAAUGCCGUGAACAAUAGUAGAGCACAAAAUUGCCAAUCAGUUAGAGAUGAAAUUUUAGAAAUUCUGCAUUUUGGGCGUCCCAUCAUUAACAAGGAAAUAAAACCACAACUGAAACCUAAACCAAUUCUUCAUCCAGAAUUACGAAAGAAAAGAAAAACAAGAGAUGGACAAGAAAUUAAUGAAAUUGGGAAAAGUGAAAUACUUGACAAAGUACUCAAUGAAAUUGUGGCUUUGGCAGCAUAUAUAGAUCGUAAGAAGAUUUCCAAGAGCAAGAUGCAAAAUGAUGAGACUGAACGAUUAUUAGCUUUACAAAACAAGAGGUUUCAAGAGGCUGAAAUUGAUGAACGACUGAAAAAACUACUUGGAAAUCCGAAUGCCCUUUUGAAACUUGAGACUUAUAUCGAUGGAAGUAGUGAACGGAUGCAGCAUUUUCAAAAUCUGUGGCUGAGAGCCAAAGCAGAAAAAGAUGACGAAGUGAAGACAGCACGACUAACUGCAUUAUCGUCAGGCUUUACCCUUCCGUGUUGCAGUCAAGAAACUUCAGUAAAGGACACAAAACUGGUUGAGAACGAAGUUGCUGGUAAAAAGAAAAUCCUGACAAAAUUGAGAAAAGAAGUCGAGUCACGGAAAGAGAAGCAGAUUAAUCGAAGUAUUUAUACAAAGCACAUAUUUGACAUUGUUGGCAACAUUAGGAAGCAGCAAAAUGAAAUUAACAAGGUUGCCGUUGAAAAUCUCUCUCUUCAGAAAGAAAUCAAGUCAAAAGCGGGGAAACUGGAGCGUUCUUUCACUGUAGUUGAAGGAAAGCUGUACAAAGACGUUGAGAAAGAUGCAUCUAUGCAAAAAGCAUAUAGGUUACUGAUGAAAAUCCAUGGUGAAUGUUCUUGUGUUAUCACUGGCAUCGAUUCUGCUGGACAACUUGAACGAGAAAUUGAAGAGCUAAAUGAUCAGAUUGGUAUGCAAUAUCAAAGGAACACUGAUGAAAAACUUGAAAGUAUUGUUAACGAUUGGAUGGAGAUAAAGAAAGAAAAUAUGGCUUUGAAGGAAUUAUUAAAAGAGUGCGAUAAUUAA